GGAAUAGGGGGGAAAAGGGCGUGAAGCCCAAUCGCAGCGCCAUCACACUUGAGGGCAAAGAGGUUAGGGAGCCGGCAUGGCGCUCCGGUCAAUAAAAUCGAUAGCUGGAAGCUGCCUGUGUUUCAGGCAAAGGCGGUGCAGCGGCGGGGCCGCCAUUUUCCCCGAAGGCAUCUUCCGGUGCCUUUCACCCAAGUUCGGGCAGGAGUUUCCUGAAUAACAGCGAAAGGUUUCCGUUAGCCCCGCCGGCGGCCGAUUCCUGUUCCCUCCUGGUGUCCCCAGGCACGCUCCGCCCGGAUCCGGCUUGGGCUCCCAAAUCCCGGGGCCCGCCAGCGCCCAGCGGCCAAGGCCGGGACAGCCGUGGCGCCGGCUUGUCGGGUCCAAUGGCGCGGCCUUCGGCUCCGCUCCCCGCGCGGGGACCAGGAGAGGCCGGACCCGGCCGGAGAAGGGGAAGGAGGCCGAGGGCGGUGAAGUUCGGGGACGUGGCCGUGUACUUCUCCCCGGAGGAGUGGGAGUGUCUGCGGCCCGCGCAGAGGGCCCUGUACCGGGACGUGAUGCAGGAGACCUACGGCCACCUGGGCGCGCUCGGGUGCGCAGGUCCCAAACCAGCCCUCAUCUCCUGGUUGGAACGAAAUACCGAUGAUUGGGAACCGGCUGCUCUGGAUCCACAGGAGUGCCCAAGGAGGGUAACAGUCCAAAGAAAAACCAGAACCAGAAAGAAGAAUGAAGAGAAGGAAGUAUUCCCGCCUAAGGAGGCACCCCGAAAGGGGAAGCGAGGCCGCCGGCCCAGCAAACCCCGCCUGAUCCCCAGGCAGACAUCCGGAGGUCCCAUCUGCCCUGACUGUGGUUGUACCUUUCCCGAUCACCCGGCCCUGCAGAGCCACAAGUGUGCCCAGAAUCUGAAAAAGCCUUACCCUUGCCCAGACUGUGGGCGCCGCUUUUCCUACCCAUCCCUGCUGGUCAGUCACCGGCGGGCACACUCUGGGGAGUGUCCCUACGUUUGUGACCAGUGUGGCAAGCGGUUCUCCCAGCGCAAGAACCUCUCCCAGCACCAGGUUAUCCACACAGGCGAGAAGCCCUACCACUGUCCUGACUGUGGCCGCUGCUUCCGGAGGAGCAGGUCCUUGGCCAAUCACCGGACCACACACACGGGUGAAAAACCCCACCAGUGCCCCAGCUGCGGGCGUCGCUUCGCCUACCCCUCCCUGCUCGCCAUCCACCAGCGCACACACACCGGAGAGAAGCCCUACACCUGCCUGGAAUGCAGCCGGCGCUUCCGCCAGCGCACCGCCCUGGUCAUCCACCAGCGCAUCCACACGGGCGAGAAGCCCUACCCGUGCCCAGACUGCGAGCGGCGCUUCUCCUCCUCCUCUCGUCUGGUCAGUCACCGGCGGGUGCACUCCGGAGAGCGUCCCUAUGCCUGCGAGCACUGCGAGGCCCGCUUCUCCCAGCGCAGCACGCUGCUCCAGCACCAGCUCUUGCACACGGGAGAGAAGCCCUAUCCCUGCCCGGACUGCGGACGUGCCUUCCGGCGGAGCGGUUCCCUCGCCAUACACCGCAGCACGCACACCGAGGAGAAACUGCACGCGUGUGACGACUGUGGCCGCCGCUUCGCCUACCCCUCACUGCUGGCCAGUCACCGGCGCGUCCACUCGGGCGAGCGGCCCUAUGCCUGUGACCUGUGCUCCAAGCGGUUCGCCCAGUGGAGCCACCUGGCUCAGCACCAGCUCCUGCACACUGGGGAGAAGCCCUUCCCCUGCCUCGAGUGUGGCCGUUGCUUCCGCCAGAGGUGGUCUCUGGCCGUCCACAAGUGUAGCCCUGGGGUCCAGAACUGUAGCCCUAGAUCUGCUAUAGGAGUGCCUAGCCAGAAAGGCAAUUGGGGGUGUCUGCGGCCCGCGCAGAAGGCCCUGAACCGGGACGUGACGCGGGAGACCUAUGGCUUCCUGGGCGCGCUCGGGUUUGGCCAGGUGUCUGCGUCUUCCCGCAGGAGCCAGAGACCGUCUUGCGGAUCCCGCUGCCGGGAGGCGCAGAAGGAGACCAUCGAGUUCAAAGUCCCGAGCUCCACAAACGCCGAGAUCGUUGCCGGGUGUCUGUGGCCAAGCUGCCAGGAAGUGACUAAACACCGAGGGUGUUUAUUUGUCCCAUCAGAAUCCCGAAUCCCAAACAGCCAACCCUGCUACUUCGGUUCCCUUCGGCUGAGUUCGGAGGCCAAGACUGGGCGGGGCCCCGGGCUCGGGAGCCCUUCCUGUGGACGACGAGAGCUGAGGCCAGGCGCGGGGAGCAGGCGGCCGCUGCUCUGGGCUGGAGGCCACAUGGCGCCGCCCCCGGCCCCGCUCCUGGUGCUGAGACCGGGGGAGACCGGGCCUGGUUGCAAGAAGCCUGCGGCCAUGAGCUUCGCAGAUGUGGCCGUGUACUUCUCCCCGGAGGAGUGGGGGUGUCUGCGGCCCGCGCAGAGGGCCCUGUACCGGGACGUGAUGCGGGAGACCUACGGCCACCUGGACGCGCUCGGAUUCCCAGGCCCCAAACCAGCCCUCAUCUCUUGGAUGGAACAGGAGAGUGAGGCUUGGAGCCCCGCCGCCCAGGAUCCUGAGGAGGGGGAAAGCCUGGGAGGAGCUCUGAGAGGAGAUGCCCCAAACAAAAAGGAAGAGGAACCCAAGACAGGGCCAGGAGCCAAAGGAUCCGAAAAGACUCCUAGGAAGGAGAGGCCUGAAGAGCUGGUUAAAAACAACCUUGACUCAACCAUCAGCAAAACCUCGGCAAGAGCAGAGCCACCCAGCAAAGCUGCCUGUGACCAGAGCGCAGGUGCGCAGCCCCCGGCCCUGGUGCCCAGUGUAGAUGCUCAGGCCAGCCAGCGGCGCCACGUGUGUGCAGACUGCGGCCGCCGCUUCACCUAUCCCUCGCUGCUGGUCAGCCACCGGCGCAUGCAUUCGGGUGAGCGGCCCUUCCCCUGCCCCGAGUGUGGCAUGCGCUUCAAGAGGAAGUUUGCCGUGGAAGCGCACCAGUGGAUCCACCGCUCCUGCUCUGGGGGCCGGCGGGGCCGGAGGCCCGGAAUCCGGGCUGUGCCUCGGGCCCCAGUCCGAGGUGACCGGGACCCGCCGGUGCUGUUCCGGCACUACCCGGACAUCUUUAAAGAGUGCGGGUGAGCGGCUCCCGCUGGCUGGGCUUGAGCCUGACCUCAGCGCUAAGGACUAACUGGGCCCUGAGGGAGGCUCCUGAGUCAGGGAUUUGGGACCCAAAAUUCAUCCCUUGGUUUUCCCUCAAGGAUCCCUCUAGUUUCCAAACCUGUAAAAAUAAAAGUGCCUGUAAAGAUUCAGAGAUUAAACUUGA